AUGCACUCGACAAAUGAUUGCUCAGCGUAUAGCUGUGUCCAGAAGUUAUAUGCUUGCAAGAAGAUAACCAUAAUAGAGAAUGAAAAUCUCAAAACGCUGCCGAACGCUCAAACGGUGAGGACUCUCUUGCGAAAUGAUAGUACCGAUGUUGCAAAAUUACAAAUAGAGCUCAGACAAUUUGAACACGAAAAUAUUCUUAAGGUUUAUGGCCUUACACACGGUGAGAAAAAUAAUUCACUUUCAUGGGACGACAAACUAUCAUUGGCGUACCAAGUGACUAAAGGUCUAAAAUUUCUUCACGAUAAUGGAAUUAUUCAUCCGGAGCUGCAUCCGAAGAAUAUAUUGAUGCAUAAUUUAACUCCAAAAAUAACCCAUAUUGGAAUAUCUAAAUUUCAUACCACUAAUGGUCUUCCGUUUACUCCAUACACACCUCCUCAAUAUUUGAGUGUAUACAAUACAAUCGAUAAAACAAAAUUAAACAUUUAUAGCCUUGGUGUUUUAAUGUGGGAAAUAUCCAGUAAUGGUGUUGAACCAUUUUAUAAAAAGUUUGAUGAUAAAAGACCAAGUUGUUCUGAAAUCCUUGAAGAGUUAAAAAAUAUAUCCUAUGAUAAUAGCAUUAAUGAUGAUUUAUUCAUGGAUGUUGAUUUACCAGCAAAUAUUAAUGAAACUGUGAUAGUUAAAGAUUGUAUUUUGGAUUUCGAUGAUUUUGAAGGUCAAAUGAUGAAAAAAGUACAAUUCGUCAAUCGUUUUAGCUUAAAUAAAGGCAGGAUUCGUGAUAGGAAUGAUUUUAUUAUCGGGAAGAAACAUAUUUUAGAUAACAAUGGAGAAUUAAAAUUAAAUAAAAUAGAUAAUUUUAAUCCAAUUGUAUAUCUCGCAAAAGGAAACUGGAAAAUAUUAAAUGAUUUUGGUGUUCUGUCACGUUCCGACAGUGAAACCCCUUUUUCUGAUGUAGAAAUUAUAAGAAUUAAUAUCCCAAUUGGCACGGUAGAGCAUUAUUGCGGUUUGAAUAAAGAAUUUGUUCAAAAAAUUGAAGAAGCACUUAAUAUAUUGGAUGUUAAUGAAAAAAGAAGGAAAUUAAGAGAGAAAUUUGAUAAAUAUGGCGAUUAUAUCAUCACAAAAGUCACUAUUGGAGGUGCAAUAAUUAUUGACUGUUCAAAUAUCAAUGCUAAAAAUCUUUCACGCUUACAAGCGUAUCUAAGAUGGGGAAUAGAAUUUGCAAAAGGGAAAAUGCCAUCAAUUUUUGAAGACGAAUCGCUUGAUGGGUUUCCCCCCUUCAGGACUUCACCACCAAGAUCUAUGAAAACUGUUAAGGAUCUAUAUUCUUGGUUAAAAGAUUUAUAUGACUAUAAAGAAGCCGAACUUAUAUCAUAUGAGGACUAUAAACCGUCUUAUGAAUUAUUAAGUGAUAGCUUUAAAAAGCAGAUAGUUGAAUGCUUUUCCUUGCUAUCUAUCAAUAAAACUCUUCCGGUGUUAAUUCCACAACUUCCAUCCGAGGUUGAGCAGAAAAGUUUUUCAGAAUGGUUAUCAUUAUCAAAACCCUCAUUAUUAUUCCAUGCAUAUGAUUGGGUUAGUGAAUUUUCUUUGCGAUAUAAUACGUUUGUACAAAGUUCAGAAUUAGGACGUGAACAAAAGAUUGCGUUUAAGUUUUUAAAAGAGCCAAAGAUCACUCCAAUAAAUAAAAUUAGCGUUUUAUUGGCACAACCUCAAACCAAUAAAAUGGCUUAUUUAUUAGAGAAUAAUGUAGCAGUGAAAAAAACGGACCAGCUAAACUUUAAUGAAACUCCUGAUGAUUAUUUUUCGUUAUUAUGCGAUCCUUUAGAAGAUUCUCAACAUUCUAAUAAUCCCCACUUAAAGAAAAUUUUGUGUCAAAUUAAAUUCUCUGUAGCGGAAAUCUCCUUUGAUUUAUCAAGUAUUAUACUUUCAGAACCAUUUUUAGAUGCAGCAGAUAAAUCUUCUGAAAGUUUUCAAACAUAUGAGAGUCUUUCUGAAGUAUUUAAAAAUCAUUACAGAAAUUUAUUACCAGAAACUCUCAUUAUUGGUGGGAUUCUAUCAAGAUCAUAUGAACAAAAUCAUAACACUAUAGAUGUUGUCAAUUCACAGCAAAUUGACUUUGAAGAAAAUGAUUUUUGCUUUCAAGAAAAAUUUGAGGAUUUUUUAACAAACUUGAGUGGAAAAUAUAAUAUUGAUACUUCAUUAUUUUUCAGUAAUGAACAAGAAGCUAUUAAGCAAAAUCAAAUUGGUUAUUGGUACAGUUCUCUUAAAGAUAACCCUGACAAUUGGAAAAUUAUUUCUUUGGAAGAUUGGAGGCAAAUUUAUAAAGUAGAUCUUAAUGAUAAUAAUUACCAUAUUGUUUUUAAUGGAGAAAAUUCACUAACACAGGAUAAUCAAUCUGAAUUAAUCAUCGAAUUUCCAAAACCACUGACUGAUAAUAAUUAUCAAAUUUAUGGAAGUGUUAUAAAAAAGAAUAAGUAUAAAUCAUGGGAGAGGGUUCAAGAAGCAAUGGUUGCAUUUGAUCAUACAGAUCAACACAAAUGUGUUGCGCUAAUUCAUAAAAGUAAUAAUAUAAGAUUAAAUAAGGAUACAACAAAAGUACUGUGGUUUGUGCUUGCUAAGUCAGAAGGAUAUUGUGCGAAUAAUUACAUUGACAUAAAAGUUGGAAAGCUUGAAACCAGUGGUAUUCCAACUAAUGUAUGUUUGAAGACUGAAGGAAUAUAUACAGAUUCUGUUCUUGUAACUUCAUUUGUGCCUAAGCAACAGAAGAGCAUUUCACCUUACAACAUUAACAUCAAAUGCUGGUCAAGCAAUACCGUUGUAUUAAAAGUAAAAAAUACCAUUGAAAGCAAUUCAGUACAAAAUCUUCAUGAAAAAGUAAUUCUUCAUUGGUGCAUGAUUGAUACAAAUGGAAAAUUAUUAGUGAAUGAUAAAGAAACACGUCCAUGGAAUUUAUAUGGAAAUAUCUUUAAUGAAAAAUCGAGAAAAGCGGUUGAUCCAAUAUAUUAUGGACCUAGUGAUCCAUAUAUAACGCCUGAAAAGGCAAAUGAUACAAUUGAACUAUAUUGUAAACAAAACAAUGUUAGUCGGAAAACCUUUAUUGGAAAUAAGGGUGAAAAAAGUCCUACAGUGAUAAAAUUCACUGGAUAUGUUAAAACUGGUAAAAAAAUUAAUGAGAAUAAGACUCAAGAAAUAACAAGGCACUAUGAAGAGUUUGUAGAUUUCGGAGAUCCAAUCCGACAAUUAACUGAUAAAAUCCUUGAAGAAAAACAAAAAGUCGAGAAGCAUUUUAAUUACUUUAUAAAUGGUCAAAAUGGAGUUAUUUUGGGUGGUCUUUUAUAUUUUGAUGAAAUUUUCGAAAAUGACAAAUCUGAAAAUGGAAAUUUUGAAUCUAAAAAGACAUGGUUUAUACAGAUACCUAUAAGGAAUCCAAAUAUAAGAAACCCAUUAGAAACGGAGCCGACAGGGAAACGUGACAGGUCGAAAGAAAUAGCAAGUAAUAAUGAUUUUGCUUUGAAGAUUCCAAGCUCAGCUAUUUCCUACCUUUUACAUAGCCUAUUUCAGGAAACUGAAAUUGGCUAUGUUCACAAAUCUCCUUCACAUAACGAAAAUUUUAGUUACAACGGUUAUAAUCAUAUUCCAUCUCUGAACUCUCUAGUAGAUGAGAUAAAAAUCAACAUUUUCAGAUUUAUACUAUAUCCAAAAAAUUUAUCAUUAACAUGUAAAGUUGAUUAUGAAAAACUUGAAACAUACACUUCUUCCAUAAAAUUUCUUACUCUAUCUUCUACUUAUUAUCAUUGGGCUCUCAUGACAUUUAAAGUCGAUUCACCUAUAACAUCUCUUUGCUUUAAUGACAUUUUACAAACAAGAAUCAGUAUCGACAUCAGACGUCAAAAUUCAAAUAUGACAUUUAGUAGAACAAUCCAAUGCGAAAUUGAAAUAGCAUGUAACAUCUACAACAUUUAUUGCAAUACAGGGAAUUUCUUCCUACCCACUUAUAUGGAAUUAAUUUGUCAUGCAUCAGAGACUGAAAUACUUGGUCCAUUAUUUGAAGGUUAUUUACCUGAAUUGUACAAUCUUCCAAUUACUUUUCCAUUCCCACUACUAAUAGUUGAAGAUGGAGAUGCUAUUCAGCUUUUACCACUAAUUGUUAAUGAUUCAAAUAAUUAUCCGAACUUCAUUAAAAAGAAUGUAAGACAAACAGAUUCUAAACAAUUAAUUAAAGAAUGGUCUAUUGUAUUAAAGAAGAUGAAUCGUGAGAUUGAUUCAAAUAGAGUUGAAUUUCCUAGGAAUUUUAAAGAUUAUUUUAAAGCGUUUAUGAAUUUGCUUAACAA